AUGGAGAAACACGUCGAGAAGAUGCUCAGUUUAGGCUUUCGUUUCAACCCGUCUGCAGAGGAUCUCAUCACCUUCUACCUGCCACGGCUGAUCGCCGGCAAGCCAAUGAAAGACACCGAGAAAUUCAUCUGCCGCGCUGAUGUUUACGGCAGCGAGCCCAGUGACCUCGCCGGAAAGUUCGCGCCGGUGCCCAGGUGCGAGAAAGGCGGCAGGUUCUUCUUCACUAGCUGCAAGCGGCACAAGGGGAGUAGCACCAAGAAAGAGCGAACGGCGGGGGCUGGCACCUGGGUGAGGCAGAACAGCAAGGAGGUGAAGAACAAGGCGGGGGUCAAGGUCGGCGAGACGCAGAACUUCCGUUUCAAGAAGGACGGGAGCUACACCGACUGGCUGAUGGAGGAGCACCACUGCUGCCGGCAGCAAGCCGUCGCCGGCGACGAGGAGCCCGUCAUCUGCCGGAUGUACGUGUCCCCGCGGGCGCCUCCGGAUUCCGCGGCGCGCCAGGAAUCCGCUGCUUUCGUGCAGCAGCAGCCGGCGCCGCAGGUUUCCGAGCCGCCGUGCGACAAGAAGAAGAGAGAUGAUGUGGCAGAAGAAGCCCCUGCCGCGGCUUAG